CUGCCGAGUCGCAUUUCCAUAUCCGGGUGUUUCGGACCGAGAUCCGAUAUUUCACUUUUGCAUUUCCCAAGUCGUACAUCAUCAUCAGUAUGCCCAUCAAGGUCCGCGCCGACAGCUACGGUGACGACGACACGUCGAUCGCUUCGUCGUCGUCGUCGUCCGCGUCGCCAUCCCGGUGCUUCUACACGGCUCGCGCCUACGACGCCGCGCCCAAGCCCAAGGUGAACAAGACGUGCCUCUACCGGACAGGCAAGUGCAACAACGCCCGCCACGUCAAGCCUAACGGGUCGCUCCACAAAAUGUGCACGUACCACCGGUCCAAGGCCAACGAGAACCAGCGCCGGCUCGACCAGAAGAAGAAGGACGCAGGCUUCCACCGGCGCGAGCGCAUCUCGGCCUUCAAGGUCAAGGGCGUCCUGCAGCCAAAGAAAGGGUCGGCAGCAGCCAUCUCGAAACCAGCUUCGCUGUUUACGCUGCCGCCGCUGCCGGAGGACUACAUGCCCGACGUCAUGAUUCCGUACCUCCUCGAGCACUACCAUGCGCUCGCUAUGGCCACGGACGACAGCACCGACGACGGAAUCCUGCGCGUCUAACAUCCCGCGCAUCGUCUUCUUCUCUCCUGCCAUAGUAUUUAGUUUUAGUAGUUUUGUAUUGCGCUGCAGUCGUUGUUUAUAGUAAGUAGAUCGUUUCUGUAGGUUUAGUCGUUGGUCCUGUCUCAUUUAUUCGCCAAGUGUACGCCAUUUGAACGUG